GUCACGCUUUAAGCUUCUCUCAAGAUCCUUAGCUGUCGGAAGACUCAGAAAGAAGGAAACAUUCAACUGUCACAACUUAUCCCUGAGGAAAGCAGAGUUCUCCGGACAAUAUAAUAACGCCUUCCAUCGGCCAUGACUGAGGAAAAUAUUUUUCUCUUCGUUCCGAACCUGAUCGGUUAUGCGCGCAUUGUGUUGGCGCUGCUGGCGUUCUACCUGAUGCCCUGCUGUCCCGUGCCGGCCGUCUUCUGCUACCUCCUCAGUGCCCUCCUGGACGCCUUCGAUGGGCACGCCGCACGCAUGCUCAACCAAGGCACUAAGUUCGGGGCCAUGCUGGACAUGCUAACGGACCGCUGUGCCACAAUGUGUCUUCUGGUCAACCUGGCUCUGCUCUACCCAGCGUACACCUUCCUGUUCCAGCUCAGCAUGUCACUGGACAUCGCCAGCCACUGGCUACACCUGCACAGCUCUAUGAUGAAAGGAACAAGCCACAAGACCAUCGACCUCUCUGGCAACCCCAUACUGCGCAUCUACUAUACCUCACGGCCGGUUCUGUUUGUGAUGUGCAUGGGAAACGAGUUGUUCUUCUGCCUGCUGUACGUUCUCUACUACAUAGAGGAACCUUAUGGCUGGCUGCAGACUCUGUUGGCGGUGUGUGCCGUGGUCUCCAUGCUGAAAGCCGCCAUCAGUGUGUUGCACCUCGUCACCGCAUCACGCAACAUGGCCGCCAUCGACCUCGCCGAGAGAGAAGAAAAGAACAAGGAGCAGUGAGGAGGGAGAGAUGGAGAGAGAGAGAAAAGAUGGAGAGGAGGAGGAGGAGGAGGAGAGGAGGAGGAGAGAUGGAGAGGAGGAGGAGAUGAUUGAGAGGUGGAUGGAGAGAGGGACUGGGAGGAGGAGAGAGAUGGAUAGAGGGAUAGAGAUGGACUGAAGGAGAGAGAGGUUGUUCAUUUACCUGAGGGGACCGAGAUUCAUCACUGCUGUUUAUUAUUUAUUUCACCAAGCCCACGCUGUCGUGUGUGUGUGUGUGUGUGUGUGGGGGUUUCCAUGUACUCAUCGUGGCACUGAUAAUUUGGGGCACUAUCUAUAAUAAUUGUUUUUUAUUAUUAUUAUUCUUGCUGUGUUAAUUAAUGUGUUGAUUUUUAGUAGUUUGAUCAGAGGUUUGUUUGUUUGUGUGUGUGUGUGUGUGUGUUGCAGCAGCAGUGUAGAACAAACAAACUGGCACAUUCCAAGUGCCACUUGAGAGUUAUGCUUUUAUUCCAGUUCAGGUGGUGUGUGUGUGUGUUUGUGUGUGUGUGUGAGCGAGAGAGGGAGAGAGAGAGUGAUUAAGUAUUUGCUCUAGGUCCAGUUGACCCACUGAGUGAUGACCAAGUUGAGCUUUCCUUGUGUAUCCCAUAGAAUGUCCAUUUGGAGUGCAGGUCAUGCGGUAGUACUUGAUAUGGAUUAUGUUAUUUAUAUGUAACCGAAUAUGAUCGUUAGUGUCAUGAUGCACGUGUGCCUGGGGUGUGGGGCGAAGCGGCCUUUGGGCGACUACUGUAACACGGAAACAAACAAUAAAAGUGUCUUUGACCAACGUCAUGUCA